AUGGAGAACAUGUUAAGGUUGGGUCCCAAAGAAAUGAAAGGAUCGAUAUGGGACGAAGGUGGAGGGACUACAAUUGUUCAAAUUCUAAUUUCACAUAGACACUAUCAGAUCGAUUCGAUCCAAUUCCUAUAUGCUGUAAAUGGGAAAGUGUUUCGUUCAGAAAUUCGUGGAGAACUCACUGGUUUAAAAUUUGAUAUGGUAACAUUUGAUCACCCAAGGGAGUAUUUGACUUCUGUAAGUGGUCAGUAUAACAAUGGCGCCUACAAUGGCGAAUUGGUUUCGAUUGCAUUUGGUACCAACAUCCGUAAGUAUGGACCCUUUGGACGUGUUGUUGACAAUUCACUUACACAGUUUGUGUAUAAUUUUACACCAAAGGUUUCAUUUGGGGGAUUUUAUGGUAGUGUUUACAACCAUUCAGUGUAUGCCAUUGGGGUGUAUGUUAGGCCCCUUGUGUCGCUUGCUGAAAUUGAAUCGUAUAUUAUCAAGGAUGAAGAACGAAGAAGAUGA